AUGCGUACAGGUCAAGCUCGCCCCUUGGCGGACACCAUGAUUCACUUUGAUGCCUAUAACAUCCGCCUGGAUACGCCUACCUCCUGCGAUAAGUACCCAGCCAAGCAACAUGCAAGAAGGGUCGCCCAGAAGCUUGGAGCUUCACAGGGCUUGAUCUUCCUGUCCGGGCAGCCUACGAUCAACCUGCGGGACUCAGACCAAUCACGUCCAUUCCGACAACGGCGCUACUUCUACUACCUGAGCGGCGCCGACGAGGCCGACUGCGCCCUGACCUACGAUAUUGAGCGGGAUCUCCUCACUCUCUUCGUGCCCGAUUUCGACCUCCACCGCGCCAUCUGGAUGGGGCCGACCCUGUCGCGGGAGGAAGCACAAGACCGAUACGACGUGGACUACGUCAGAUACCACACCUCGCUCCAGUAUGAGCUACAAGAAUGGCUGGAUGACCGCAAGCAGGGCAGUGAGCUGUACCUGAUCCAUGAAUCGGAGAAGCCCAACACUCUACCCAAAGACCUAACCGUGAACCUUGCAAGCCUGAUGCCUGCUAUGAACGCGGCACGAGGCAUCAAGGACGAGUACGAGAUCCGUAUGAUCCGCAAGGCCAACAGGGUCUCUGGGCUCGCGCACCGCAAGAUAUUAGAAAGUAUCAAGUCUUUCUCUAAUGAGUCGCAAAUUGAAGGGUCAUUCCUAGACACCUGUAUCUCGCACGGUGCCCGCAAUCAAGCAUACCAAAUCAUCGCCGCAUCUGGGCCGAAUGCAGCAGUCUUGCACUAUGAUCGGAAUAACGAGUCCCUUCACAAGAAGCCGCUCGUCUGCCUCGAUGCUGGUGCAGAAUGGAACUGCUAUGCAAGUGAUGUAACGCGAACUUUCCCGCUGACGGGUGAAUGGCCCAGCAAGUACGUGCGCGACAUCUACAAGUUGGUCGAGCGCAUGCAAGAGGAAACCAUCCGCCGGAUCGGAAAGGGGGUGCGCUAUCGCUCACUUCAUGAUCUCGCACAUGACAUUGCAAUCGAGGGACUGCUGGCCCUUGGUGUGCUGCAGGGCGCAGUCGACGAGGUCCGCGAUUCUGGCGCAUCCAAGGUGUUCUUCCCCCAUGGCCUGGGCCACCACGUUGGUCUCGAAGUUCACGAUGUCUCCGAGGGAUCCAUCAUGGCGCUUGGCGCCUCUCGUCGUCAGCAUUGGUCAUCUGAUUACCUCUCGCCCUGCACCCUCUCUGCGCCCUUGUUGGAGGAGGGCAUGGUGGUCACUGUUGAGCCGGGACUUUACUUCUCUCCUUUGGCUCUGAACAAUGCGCGCAAGCAGCCUUGUGCUAAGUAUAUUAACUUUGAUGUUGCAGAGGAGUAUGUACAUAUUGGUGGUGUCCGUAUUGAGGAUGAUAUUCUCGUGACUGCUACUGGCUAUGAGAAUCUGACUACCGCCCCCAAGGGCGAAGAAAUGCUCGCCGUCAUUCGGGGAUCUGCAUAG